AUGAGUCCGGAUCGUGUCGCGAUCGCGAACGGCCUCGAGACACUGCUGUUCCCAGUUCGAUACUUGAUUACGCAGACGAUCCACCUGGGUGUCCCGGUCCGCGAUAUCCGAUCGCAGCCGUUGCAGCUCCGUCUCUACGAGCUCUUGUUCACGAAGGCAGUCUAG